AUACACCACUUAUUUUCUAUCGUGCAGCAGCAUUCCCUCAAGCGGCUUCAAACAAAGUAAAGUACAUUACAAACUCUCUACGCGUUCCCCAUAUAAUAUGGAUUCGAGGAAGUCGAACAAGAUUAUGGAGAUAGUAAGACUUCAACAAAUCCUCAAGAAGUGGAAGAAGCUUGCCAAUAACAACAAGACGAGCUCUGGGUCGGGGUCGGGCCCCGCCUCGGUUACUUUAGGCAAUGGUGGGAGUAAGAGCAUGAAGUUUCUGAAGAAAACACUUUCCUUCACGGAAAGCUCGAUUUCUUCUUCUUCUUCAUCGUCAACCACCGACCAAGUCCCGAAAGGAUAUCUUGCGGUCUGCGUGGGAAAGGAGCUCAAGAGACAACAACAAGGAGUGCUAAAGAUUCCAUGUGAAGUCGAAUUGUUUGAGAAAAUGUUGAAGUUGAUGGAAGAAAACAGAGAUGUGUUUUUCUUGAAUGAUCAUAUAAUUGAUCAUGCUGAUUCCGUAAUGAGCUGUUAUUCACCAGAUUGUGACCUAACUUCACCAUCUCAUCACCCUCAGAUGUGUAGAUGAUGAUUUUCUGGAUAUUAUUAGGUGUUCAGUCUUGUCAAGGCACAUGUCCUAAGGUUUUUUUGUGAAAGGGAAUGAAUUUGUAAUUCUCAUUUACAUGUCUGUUGUUCAAAUUUCCUGUCAAAAAUGAGCUAUCUAGCUACUUAUAGCCAUAGGUGAAAUCACAAUUUAGUUAUCAAAGUUCACUUCUCAUUGAUGUGAAUGGCCGAAGAUUCUCCUGUUAGUCGAGGGAUCAAGGUGGGACCGGCCAAAAGCCCUUAACUUAGCUUCAGAACGAGGAACAUGAUCCCUUUUCUGAACAUGCCUUGAAUCUUACCAUUAUUUGAUGCGUUGCCAUCCUUCAA